AUGGCUUCCAAGAGAAGCGCUUCAGCUUCUUGUCUGCGUCUUGCUGCAAUUAGUUGUUUUUUGGUCGGCGCCUUCCAAAAUUUGACCUUCAGCAUCCCAAAGCAGAUAGAGGAAAGCGACCAAAACAAAGGCAUCAGUCCCGCCCAAUACCUGAAAGAUGUGAGCAACAGAGCAGAACUCUACCGAAAGAGCGACGCGGUUGCUGGGCGAGAGGAGUUUGUGAAGACAUUGAAUGAGGCAGUGCGGUUGAGCUAUCCGUUGCUAUGGGAAAGUCUGGUUUGCACCUUGUCAUUGGGGGCAAGUCCCUCGGAAAGACCAAAAUUGUGCAGACCGUUGUUGACAAUGCUGAUGCGUCUCCCGAGCAAAGCCCAGUCAACGGAUGCAUUGGAAUGUUUGCAAGAAGAAGCUAAGCGAAGAUGGACCGCAAAGAAUUUGCCAUUCGGGGCAGAGCGGCUGGUUGCCGCCGGUUCUGCAGUUCUUGGAGCACUUGGCAAAGCGAACUUAAAGAAGAGUGACGAUGAGGAGAUAGGAGAGGGUGCAGUGGAAACUCUUCUCUCUUUGUUUCUCAACAUCACCAAGCCCGAGGAGUUCAUCAAGGCUUUUGUUGCGGCAACAAUGGCUGCAGAGAAGGUUCCAGUCAUGAUUGUUGAUGAAGCCAACAUCGCCUUUCCCAAUGGUAACGGUGGGAAUGGGAAUGGCAGAAGAGAAGCAGCUUACAGAGCGCUCGCAACCUUUGUGGCGCUGACAAAGGAGCAGGGGAAAGCGUCUGUUAUUCUGGUUGCCUCUGACUAUGCUUUCCCAUUGGGACUACAAGCUCUUGGCUUCAACAAGUAUGAUGCUCUCAAUACGAUUGUAGCUCCGGAGGUUGGAGAGAAGCCUAUGCUUUUUUUGCUGCAAGAGUGGGGUUUGUCUCACGACUUGGCACAGGUUGCGUGGGUCGGAACUGUGCGCGUGCAAUACCAUGUGAAAUCGGAAUAUGGCAAAUGCUUUUGUGUUGUGGGCUGGCAGGAGUUCUAUGAGACCUUCGGUGGAAACGUUUUUUUGUGCCACCAGGCGGUCGACAAGCUCCGUGAGCAAUUCGAGUUGGGUCAGGAGAGGCUCUUCGACCCCUUCAACGUCCGAGGCAAUGCCGGCUUAGAUGACCUCGUUGCGGAGACGGAGAGCCAGAAGGGUGCUCGCAUCAUCGCCAAGAAGAACUUCGGCGACAUCAUCGAGAGACAGACCACUACUUUCUUUGACAAAGCCUUGAAGGAAGAUAUGUUCAGAGACCCAGAUGCUGUGCGGGUUUUAAUUCCACCAACUACAUAUGCACGCAAGUGCAUCCAGCGGAUGGUGGACACGGUGAAACCAAGCAACUUGGACUUCAAAGAAAGACUUUUCUUUUGGAGCAACCUCUCGUCACUAUGCAUCACCAGACCACAAGCUGGAGCAGUGUGGGUGAGGCAACUAAAGGAGGACAGGAGUGACCAGUGCCAGUCAGUUGCUUCACCAAGGAAGCACUAUUGUAUUGGGUUCUACGAUAAAUUUAAACAAUCAUGUCUAUGCCAACUCAGCAGCAAACUGCAUGGAUUGAUGGUGGUAUUGUAA